GUGUUCUCCCUCUUGCAACAGUCGAGCACACUCUCGAGACACUCAGACAUUGAGCAAACUGUUCAGGCAGUACUUUUGAACAUCAUCAUGGAUCAUCGUAUGGAAAUCUUGGUCGGUGUAGAGGAGACAUGGCGCGAUCACAACAGUUCUACAAAGGAGUUAAGAAAAUCUGAACAUCCAUACAUGAAUGAAGACAAGAUCCAGACUCCAGAGGCAAAAAGAACUGGAUCUGCACCCUCAGUUCCUGAUCUCAUGCAAACAGGCGCUGGAGAGAAGAGUUCUGGCAGAGCUGCUGCAGUGUGUUUGGGUCUGCUGUGUAUUCUCCUUCUGAUUGGACUCAUAACUUUGGUUUUCCUAUACAUCAAAGGCAACUCUGAACGAGACCAGUUACAGACCAGCUACAACAACCUGACUAAAGAACGAGACCAGUUACAGACCAGCUACAACAACCUGAAUGAAGAACGAAACCAGUUGCAGACCAGCUACAUCGACCUGAAUAAAGAACGAGACCAGUUACAGACCAGCUACAACUACCUGAAUACAAAACAUGAGCAGUUACAGACCAGCUACAACGACCUGAUUCAAGAACGAGACCAGUUGCAGACCAGCUACAACAACCUGAUUCAAGAACAAGACCAGUUGCAGGCCAGCUACAACAACCUGAUUCAAGAACGAGAUCAGUUGCGGACCAGCUACAACAACCUGAUUCAAGAACGAGACCAGCUGCGGACCAGCUACAACAACCUGAUUCAAGAACGAGACCUGCUCCGAAAGAGAUUUGAUGACUUGGUCAGAGAGAAAAAUGAUCUGCAGAGAACCUUUCAAGAAUUGGGAUGGGUGUAUUUCAGCGGUAGCUUCUAUUACAUUUCUUCUCUGGAGAAGUCCUGGCAACAAAGUAGAGAGGACUGUUGGCGGAGAGGUGCAGACCUGGCAAUUAUCAACAGCAAAUCUGAACAGGAAUACAUAAGACGUUUCCAGAGGCGCUUUUGGUUUGGACUGACUGACAGUGGCAUAGAGGGGAUAUGGAAAUGGGUGGAUGGGACUCCGCUGACUGCAAGUUACUGGGCUCCUAAUGAACCAAACAGUUAUAGAGGAACAGAUGAAGACUGUGCUGAAACAUUGUUCUAUACAUGGGAAAACAGCUGGAAUGAUGAACCAUGUCAUCGUGCACGAUCCUGGAUCUGUGAAAAAAGAUCAGCUUGACAACUCUGCAGUGAUAUAAAAGACGGGGAGGGGGAGAUACUCUAUGUCGCAUUUCCACUUUUAGCGCAAAUUCCCAAGACAGAACUAACAUAAUGCUCAGCAAGCUACAUAUCUGUAAGUGUAACACACACAGACAUGCACACAACUGCAUGAUUUAUAUCUGACCCAAUGUUACCCAAUGCACAAGAUUAAGAAUAAGCUGAAACUAGGGGAAGUAAAUUAUAUAGUACAUACAGAAAUAAAUAAAUAAAUAAAUAAAUAAAUAAAUAAAUAAAUAAAUAAAUAAAUAAAUAAAUACAGAAAUAAAUAAAUACAGAAAUCAAACAUUAAAUGAACAGAAAGAAAAUUAGUAAUGUUAGACUAGAUUGGGCAACCAAGGAGGCUAGCGUAGAGUCAUGCAUAAAAAGAGGAAAAUCUUCUGAUAGUGUCUUUGUUAAAAAAAACUAAAAUAAACAGAAGGACAUUAUGAUCAUUAUAAUUAAAGGAAGUUGUCUGGCAGUUCUAUUUAAAUAAUACUUUGAGUUAAAGAAUAAAUAAAAAGAACAAAAGAAAAAAACAAAUCAAACUCCAAACAAAGGCUGGCCUCAGCUGCUCUCUCAGUGCAGGAAGAAAAGUCCACAUGAGGUUCACUCCCCUUUUUAUUAACUUUGCCUGGGUCCUAGAGUUAGACUCUCUAUUACUCUCCCUUCCAUAUCAGGCUUAUGUUGCAUGGCAAGAAAGUAGUCUAGUAGUAAUAUUGUGUACUAUUGAAACUUGAUUGUAAGGGCACAGUGAUAUAUUAAUAUAUUGGCUAUAAGACAUAUAGCAUGUGUCCAGAGCAGUGUUGGUCAAGUUACUUGGAAAUGCUAAUUAGUUACUGAUUACUGAUUAUUUCUCCAAGAAAGUAAUCCAGUUACUUUACUGACUACUUAUUUUCAAAAGUAAUUUGAUACUUUAAUUAUUACUUUACUUAGUUAAUUUUCACAAACAUGAUGCACAACCUGAAUAUGCUAUAAAGCAACUAAUUCUAUUUUUUCUGCAUAUUUCAUCAUAUAAAAUUGAAUCAAAUGACAGUAUGUUUUUCAAAACUUGUUUUAUUGGUUUCAAUCUUUUAACACUAUGCACAUUGUGUCAAGCAAAAAUAAAAUUAAAUGCAAGUCUCUGACUCUGUUAAAUUAUAUAUCUGCAUUGUUUUCUUUCGGAGUAAAACAGUGGUUAUAUUGCAUCAGCAAAAGCUUCUCAAACCCACUAUCAGACAGUCUAUUCCUUUUCGGGGGAAAAAACAAUCCACCUAAACUGACCAGCCGUUCCACUGGUGCACUGGACAGAGUUGGAGUGUUGUAUUUCAUGUACGUCUUUUUGAGGUUUGGGAACUGAUUCAGAACUCAAGAUCAUACCCUGACCUUAAAUAGUCAGUUAUGUCUUUUUCUGCUGAGAAGGUUUCUCUGGGCUGGUUCUCAAAAUCAAAAAGUUCAUUUGCGCUGGGCUGGAUGGCAGUUGGGACACAUUCCAGCAAGCAUUUAUUGGUUGAAAAGACGUUUAACCUUUGGAUGCACGAGUGACUGAACCUACACUCUUCCAUAAGUGUGUCAAAAAUGUUAGAAUCAAUGUGUUCUAAUACAACUUUUGUCAUUUUGAAUAUGAAUAAUCAUUUGCAUUAUAUUUUGUAUUAUAUUUUGGUCCACAUAAGAAUGAUUUCAUGAAUGUACUUUUCAUUUUAAAGAUUUUUAAAACAUUUUUAAAAUUGGAAA